AUGGCUUUGGCCUUGAGCUCACUGACCGAUGAGCUAAUUACUGUGCUGGCCAGAGUUCCUCCUGACCAGAAGCAAUCCCCGCGCAUCCAGACUCUCCGAAAGCGCGUAGAGGGAGCUCUGCGUCCUGGUACUCAUGGACGUACCAAUCAGUUCGCCGUAGCGCGCAAGUUGGAGGGAUUACAGGAAAAGUUCCAAGUCCUCAACCGAGAUGAGCUGGCCGAUGCUCUAAGUACUCGCCUCAAGGAACUAGAGGGCUAUCGCGACACAUGGCAUCCAGAAAUCCUGAGCCUACUCUUGCAACUUUCAGAUCGCCCAGAUCAAUUAUCAAACCUUGAUCGACUCCCAAUUCCUGCCAACGCCCUCGAAGAAGACAAGUCGCUAUUGUGGUCCGACCUCAAUGCCCAAGGAACCGCCUACAGCCAUGAAGACAUCUGGGAAGAGGUGGAUUUCGCAGCCAACUCUUCAGAAGAUGAACUCUUGUCAAUCUCAGAUGGCGGGGAUCUCAUUUCUUCUAAACUGUUACCAGUGAACCCCGGAUCUCAAGAAAAAGAAUACGUCAUUCCCGAUGAGGUCUUCGGGUCAGGUGAAGACGAAGAUCUCAUUACCUCGAUACAAAAGGCCCAGUUCUGGACACCAGAAAACCAUCCGAAGGUCGCAAAGGACCAGCAAGAUGCAUCCUGCAUUAUCACAGAACUACAGUGUGCCAGAGAGACAAUAUUCAUGCUUCAAGGCUUACCGACAUCCAUCUUCUGGCGCUUGGACACCGACAUUGAAGUUGAUCGCAGAUAUACUCUCGCAUAUUCCUCUCGCACAUCUCUUUCGGCAUUACUGCGAUCAUUCACUAAGAUCGGAGCCAAACUAGAUGUUGCGCGGCGCUUUACAAAGAUGCCGCAGACCAUCCCCUACCUGCAGACCUUCUGCCGGGGCGUAGAGGAAUGGUUGCUUGAGUUUGAUAGGACUCUUUCCCGAAUCCAGUGCGAAUACCUCUCACCUGGCUCGACAGUCAGCUUAAUUCAACUGCUCGAUGAUGUUCGCCGAUACUCUCGCAAUCUCGAAAUGCUGGCUGAACUCAUCUCCAAGCUGGAAUCGACCUCGACUACUCAACCUAUGCGCUGCCUUGACCUAUUUUACAACUUGGUUUGCAUGGUCGAAGCUCUUGGUGACGAGAACGCAUCCGGAAAGCUUGCUAUACUAUUCUUCUCCUGCUUCAAAACAUAUACAAGUUCAAUCCAACUAUGGAUGCAGGCAGGAAAGGUUGAUUCUAAAGACAACACUUUUUUUGUGCGAGUCAACCGGGAGAACGGGGAACUACGUACUCUCUGGCACAACUGGUUCGUAUUGGACGAGGGCAGUAGACGACAGAAUAUCCCUCAAUUUUUGGAACCUGGAGUACAGAAGGUGUUUACGACUGGCAAGAGCAUGGUUUUCUUGCAUCGUUUGAACGCACAACCGGACAUUUCAGAGAAUGAAAGCAGCGAUACGGUUUUCGAUGAAUUUUAUCCUCCAACCGGAUCUUGUUCAUUUUCUCUCCCUUUCUCCGUGCUGGUCGAGACCGCCUUCGAUCGACUGGUAGAUGUCAACCACUCACUUAGCUCUGGGCUGUUACGCAAAGAACUCGACGAACAAUGCGGCUUGUGGACAUCUCUCGAUGCUCUGCAACAUGUGUACCUAGGAAAAGACCUGAGCAUUGUCGGCACUAUUGAUGCGAAGAUCUUCGAGCUGAUGGACCGAGGCCGCUCCUGGGACGACAAAUUCCUGAUCACCGAAGUAACAAGAUCGGCAUUUAGCGUCAUGCCUGGCAUUGACCCAUCAAAGCUGGUUGUGCGAUCAGCGGGCUCUUCAGCUUCCUACAUAUUAAAACGGACCGUCAAAAUUCUCGAAACAAUUUCAAUAGAUUAUGUCCUUCCUUGGCCUGUGGCAAAUAUCAUCACCCAAGACGCCAUCCAAUCCUACCGGCUCAUUUCCACCUUCCUCAUGCAGAUCCGGCGUGCCAAGUAUGCUAUUGUGCGGGAGCGCAUAAGAGAUGCACGCAAUUCCGUCACAGAUGAUCAACAUGAUACUCUUAUCCACGCUCUGCAUCACAACUUCCUCUGGUUCCUCGACUUCCUCUACUCACACCUCACAUACCUGGUUAUCUCCACCGCAGAGCAAUCAUUACGAUCGACGCUCUCCAACGCAGAAGAUGUCGAUGCCAUGAUAUCCGCGCACCAGGCCUACAUAUCCUCAUUGAAAGAACAGUGCCUCCUAUCCGAGGACCUUGAACCAAUCCACGAGGCCGUCAUCAACAUCCUGGACCUCUGCAUCCAUUUCGCAGAUCUGCAGACCGCACGAGAUUUAGAGGAACAUCAUGAUAGCCGGAUAAGUACAUCACGCGGACAUGGCUUUGAAUCCGACUCAGAUGAGGAAGAUGAUAUUCAUGAGCAGACUCUGACGAUCUCAUUCCGUGAAUCGCCCUACAACCACCAGAUGCGAAACGUGGAGCGCCAGUUCGACCACCUGACUAGCUUCGUUGCGGAUGGAUUGAAGGGUGUUGCGCGAGUGGAGGGACUUCCGAGCUGGAAUAUCUUGGCAGAUCGGCUCGAAUGGAGGAAAGGCUGGUUGAAGUUGUAA